AUGACCUCCAUUCGACUGCAAGACAUCAUGGGAACACACAGCAACAAUGCUACUCUACUAAAAUUUCCACUCCUCAACACAGAAGAGCGAAAAAACUAUGCCAAUCCCGAUGUCCUGAUUAAUACCUUCGAGAGACUAUCCAACCUUCACAAGCUGCUUCCCAACCACCUGGUAGAGAUGCUGCAAUCUCAUAAGAGCGACGAGCCCAAAGAUGACCAAUCAGAACUCACUGGCAUAGAAAGGCUCUUAGCAAGACAACAAUUGCCAAAAGAGAUUAGUCUGUCCCCAAAGCCAAGCCAGAUGCCUUCAUGGAAGAGAAAGAAAAUCAGCAAAGCUGAAGGGUGGAAGAAAUGCCACUUGUGGAAGAAAAACAUAAAAGAGCCUCCAAUGUGCACCAUAAUUGUUAGAUGGUUGAAAAAGAAUAUGCAACCUAUUGAGGAUGUGAGGUCUGUGGUCCGAAAGCUGUCAAUGUUUGGUCCAAUUAGGACCGUCACUCCUUGCGGACGACAAAGCGCUAUCUUGGUGUAUGAAGAUAUAACUUCAGCCUGCAGAGCGGUGGCUGCCUUCCACAGUAGGAUCCCAGGCACAAUGUUCCACUGUUCCUGGCAACAACGAUUCAUGACAAAAGAUGUAAAACUUUCUUUUUUACUCAUUUUUGUGCUGGUAAUAGGGCUUGGAUUCAGGACCUAAGCAUUGUCCUUAGCUUUCUCACUCAAAGCUGUGCUCUACCACUUGAACCACAU